AUGCAGCCAUCUUGUCGAACUCAGUCGGAAACCAACUGCCGAGCAGUGAGGGACGGUGAACGAGAAGACCAGAUGUGUUAGCCGAAGGAUUUUUAAUGCGCUUCCGAGCCAGACUACCGCUACGUGCGAGAGGCUGUGUGAUAGCGACAACGGAGGAACGACCAUCGCGGGAUUUUCGCGUGCGGAAAGCCCCGUUAAAUCCGAUUAAAAACCUUCAGAGGAUCGGCGAAGGGGUGCAGCAGCAGCAGCAGCAGCAGCAACAGCAGGAGGAGGAGGAAGAGGAGGAGGAGAAGAUAGAAGAGAGUUUUGGUUUAGUAGCAAGAGUUUUCGGCGGACGAUUAACGGAGGGUUGAAAGCGCGUUUUAACCUUCUCGUCGUCGACGUCGUAGCAAGAGAGUUAGAGGCUUGGCCGUUUGAUCGUUUGGUUGACAGAAAGAGAGAGACAGAGAGAGAGAGAGAGAGAGAGAGAGAGAGAGAAAGAGAGCCAACGAGAGAAAGAAAGACAGAAAGAAAGAUAUACGAGUAUCACCGUCGAGUGAGACGACGAGGUUUUGUCGGAGAAAGAUAUAAAAGAGAAAUAUAGAGAUCGAGUGCAGUGUCAAAGUCUGUGAUAGUAUUUAUUCAAAGGAUUUCGAAUAUACAACAGCGACGACGACGGCGUUUAACAUCGGUCGACGGUAAAAGAAAAAAAAGAAGAAAAAAAGAAAAAAAAUAAAAUAAAUCGCGCGCGUCGAACAAGCGAAAGAUUUAGAUAGGCUUUAUAUAUUUAUUUAUAUCUGUGAUAUCUACACUGAUAUACAUCGAUCUGAUUCGGACGGCGUAUCCAUCGGAGAAAGUGGAAAAGGAUCAUCGAAUCGUAGACGUCGCGCGAACACGAGGAAGAGAUUUUCACGAUAUACAUAUAUAUAUAUACAUAUAUAUAUAUAUAUAUUAUAAGAGGAUCGUCGUAGGGAGAAAAAAGAGAGAUUAUAUCAGUAUCUUAGCAGAUAGGCGUUUUUUGUAUAUACGACUGACUCUUUUUUACAAUUAUUAAUACUGGUGCGAAAUCGCCAAAAGAGGGAGAGAGAGAGAGAGAGAGAGAGAGAGAGAGAGAGAGAGAGGGAGAAGAGCAGAAGAAGAAGGAGAGAUUAAGUGAGAAAUCGAAUUUUCCUAGCGCCGAACGAAAGUUUACGUACGUGAACGAAAAUGGUGGAGAGACUAGUGGAAGAACGCAAGAGCAGCUUUCAAGCGAACGGCCGAGGCGAUGGUAAUUGUAGAGACGUCGCCUCGACUGGAGAAUCUAUGAGCGCGGUACAAGCGCGUCAAGAAGAGGCAAGACGCAAAAGACGCAGGAAGAAACGUUCUGGAUCGUCCCUAGUGUCCUCUUGUUUCCAAGAUUUGUACAAAUUGACGGGAGAGGUGCUUGGAGAAGGAGCCUAUGCCUCGGUUCAAUCGUGUACAUCCCUGUACACGGAUUUGGAAUAUGCCGUGAAGAUCAUCGAUAAGAUUCCUGGACAUGCGCGUGCUAGAGUUUUCAAGGAAGUCGAGACAUUCCACCAUUGCCAGGGACAUCCUAAUAUCAUACAGUUGAUUGAAUUUUUCGAAGACGAGGAAAAGUUUUAUCUCGUUUUUGAAAAAAUCAAUGGCGGUCAACUAUUGAACAGGAUUCAAGAGAAGGUGCACUUUAGUGAGAGAGAAGCAAGUCAAAUCGUCAGUGAGAUCGCCAGUGCUUUAAAUUUCCUUCAUAAGAAGGGAAUCGCACACAGGGAUCUCAAGCCGGAAAACAUCUUAUGCGUAUAUCCGGACAAAUUAACUCCUAUCAAAGUAUGCGAUUUUGACUUGGGUUCCGGUAUAAAAUUCAACAAUUCACUAUCCAGUCCUGUAGCAACGCCACAAUUAUUGACGCCAGUUGGAAGCGCCGAAUUCAUGGCUCCGGAAGUAGUCGAGGCAUUCAUAGGCGAAACAAAUUAUUACGACAAACGUUGCGAUCUUUGGAGUCUCGGCGUGAUAAUGUAUAUUUUGUUAUGUGGCUAUCCGCCUUUCUACGGGAACUGCGGCACCGAUUGCGGUUGGGAGAGAGGAGAAAAUUGUCAGGCUUGUCAGGAAUUGCUAUUUACCAGUAUUCAAGAGGGAAGGUACGAAUUUCCUGACAAAGAAUGGAGAAAUAUAUCCGAGGACGCGAAGGAUUUAAUUAGAGGCUUGCUAGUAAAGGAGGCUCAUCAAAGGCUCAGUGCGGAAUGCAUUUUGAAACAUCCAUGGAUUAAUCCUGGGCCAGCGUCGGUCGACAAUAGCGAACAAUCUCUUAUAACUCCUCAUAUCAUUAGAAGAAAUAAUUCUGCUCGAGAGCUCUCAGCGUUCGCUGAGUCGGCAAUGGCUGUAAAUCGCGUUGUACUUCAACACUUUUCCAUUAACUUGGAGGAGCUGACGGAGAAUAGGGAGCCAAGACUGUCCACGUCAUCUACCGAUGACGACAAUCAUCCUUACGGUCACAUGUCCGACUCCAAUAGUGAAUUAUCGGAGAAUAGCAACAAGCACUGUGCGACCCAUUCUUCCAGCGAAUUUGAUACUAGUUCGCGUCAAAAAUCAGGCUCGGUUAAUUCGAGCAUCGAUUUCAACGAUUCGAAAAUCAUCGGGAAGAAUCGAAUAAUAGGUAAAGAUUCCUUUCAACUUUAUGGUCUGUCGCCGCCAAGCGAGAGCAGACUUAUGCAACGUCGUAUUAAGGCACGCUCAAGUUUGAUCGAAUGUCAGAAUAAUAAUUCUGUUAUCGCAUCCCCAAGUGGCUGAAAUUUGACGAUUUUAAAAGAGAGAGAAAUUAAAUCGAUCUUCUUUUUAGAGUAUAAUUCGUCUUUGCUACUAUUUCCCUUUCUGGAAUCGCAAAGGUGUAAUAUACUUUUAUCGAGCGGCUUAGAAAGAGUAACGAUUAUUAGUCUAUGUAAGCGAUUCCUUCAUUCGAUUUAGAAUGAAAUUGGCUUGUAUAAGAAGCAAAGAGAAAAAAAAGAAAAAGUGUGCGGUUAAAAAGAACAAAAAAAGAAAUAAUAAUAAUAAUAAUAAUAAUAACAAUAAUAAUAAGAAUAAUAAUAUUACAACGCUACAAAAAGGACGAUGACGGCGGAAAGAAAAACAAAAACAAAAAAAAAAAAACCCUACGUUAAAAAUAUUUCAUAGUUCUGUAUUGUAUUAAGCGAGAGUAUGAUAAAAACAACAAACGUUUUCAUUGCCUUGUUUCUAUUAACCUUGUUUCUUUCUUUUUGUCCCGCGAAUAUGAAAUUUUUCACCUAUAUUCCAAGCUGUCAACGUCUCUCUCUAUGCGCGAUAUAUGUGUCCGCAUUGUAGUGGUAGGGUAGUGUCGUAUUUUUGUGUACGAGACGACAGUUAUCACGAUGCAGUACUUUGGAAAUAACAUCUACGACGAAAGAAGUUCAUCUUGUAUCGACAUGGCAUCAUUCUUUCUCUCUCUCUCUCUCUCUCUCUCUCUCUCUCUCUCUCCCCCCUCCCUCUUUUUUCCUUUUCUUUUUUAUAUUUCCUGUACCUGACGCGACGAUAACUGUCCUCUCUUACGAAGAAUAGGAUGUCUACGUUGGAUACACUCCAACUCGUGCUCUGGAGCUUACGAUUCGCGUAAUCCUCUUCCCAUCGUUGAAAUUAUAAAACUUUGUCGAAUAUGGACGAAAUAAUAUAUUCCAAAAUCAUUGAUAUUUAUUAUUAUUUAUAAAGGAAAACAAAAAAAAAAAAAAAAGAAGCACACGAGUUGGAACGUUUUCCUUUGCGUGUGUUCUAUGUGAUACACCAUGCUUCUUAUUCCGUUGUGUAUGCUGUGAAGCAAAAAAAAAAAAAUAAUGAAAAGAAAAAGAAAGAAAAACUACACGACAACACAUCCCAUAUCGCGUAACAAUUAGAAGAGAUGGUAUAAUAAAUAAAAAAAAGAAAAGAAAAGAAAAGAAAAGAAAAAAAAAGAUAUAAAAAAAAAAAAGAAAAAUAAAAAGAAUUGAUUUCACAUCAGUUGGCUGUUCUCCGCGAGAUAUGCGAAUCUAACGACGUAUAACAAAACAACACGUAAUAUAGAUCAUUCGGACUUGUGACGACCGUUGAAAUAAUUUUUGUAGUAGUGAUGUAACUUCUUAUCGGAUAUAACUCUCCUGGCCUUUUGCUAAUCAUUAUGAUGAUAGUAUGUAGGAAUACACACUCAUAUAGAAUUUGUACAGGGAUACAAAAAAUAUAUAUAUAUAUAUUAUUUAUAUAUAUAUAUAUAUAUAUAUAUAACAAGAAAUUGCGCGUGCGUAAAACUAACGUUGAAAAUGACUCUUGUCGUGCUUUCAAAAAAGAAAAGAAAAGAAAAGAACAAAAAAAUAAAAAAUGAAGGAAAUUGGGCAUCGUACUCUGCAGCUCGAAUCAUCGUUCGAAUUAAUCCGGAAUCUUUUGAAUGAAUCGAUCGAUAACAAAAACAAAACAAAAAGAAACUAUCUAUAUAUACAUACAUAUAUAUGCACACAUAUAUAUAUAUAUAUAUGUGUGUAUAUAUAUUUUAAUGAGAGGAAUGAAAAGAGAGAAAAGAAAAAGGAGGAAGGCGGGCGAAGGCAAAGAGAAAGAAAGUUUUCUUCCAUUAAUAAUGACUGCUGUUUGGACAUAAUUGAAAGAACGCAAAAGAGCUUGCUUCUUUUAAAUGAAGCAAAAUAUUAUUAUGUAUAAAACGGAGUUUUUCAGAGCGUACGUUGUAAACUAUUGUAUUAUGGUUUUGCUCUCGUUUACUAAAGGGCUAGAUCGGAAGUUUGUAAAAGGUUUUGAAACAAGGUCCAAGAAAUGAGUUGUAAAGAAGAAAAGAAAAGAAAAGAAAAAAAAAAAAAGAGAACAAAAAAGAAGAAAGGCAAGAAGGAAGAUCGAACGAAUGCCAUUUUUAUAGGUGUUUUAAGUAUAUUGUAGAAAAUAGUUCAUAAGAGACAAAUUCACUUUCAGUAAUAAAAAAAAAAAAAAAAAAAAAAAAAGGGAAAAAGAAAAAAAAAAUAAAUAAAUAAAAAAAUAA